AUGUACCCUAUUGGUGAAAUGCCACAAGACCCUGUUACAAGCAGCGACAUUAAGGGCAACACCCACGGCGACAUUAAGGCGCCCGUGAUCGUAGCUUACGUGUGCAACUUUUUUAGAAAACCCUCAAAGAACAAAAACAUACGAAAAAAACCUCAUAACGAACAAGAAGAUGAUUCAACAACCGAACAAGAAGCGGAACCUUUGGUUAUAAUCAACAAGAAAAAGCAAAUUACACCGGAUAAUAAACUCCACUUUGCAACAGCACCAUCAAAACGGUCAACAGUUGACCAACAACAUCCAGUUGCAGCAGACACAAAAGCAACAAUAUUCCAAUUUGAUUCAUCAAAAGAAAUUCAUGGGUAUACGGAUUAUAAAGCGGGGUUUAGGCGAGAGAUUAUAAGGAGACCGGGUAUUGUGGGUACGGUGAUUCGUGGGGAUUAUAAGUCGGGGUGGCAGAUGGAGAAGGAGUGGGAUGAAGCUAAGAAAGCGAGGAAGAGAAAAUUGGCGGUGAAAGGAGAUAAUGAUGAUGGUGAGAAUUAA